AAACGACUGCCAUUGUGUACAGGGAUUGGGUAUGAUGAUCUUCUCUAUGUAAUACAGGGACUGAAAAACAGAAGAACAUCAGCUUUUAUUCAGAUACCACAUACCGGACUAAAGUUACACUGAUUUCUAAACAAUGUGUUCGGAAUAUAAAACCUUAAGCAACAAAUCAGGUAUUCAAUACUGACUUGAAUUUUAGAAGUGCCAAAAACGAUCGCGAUGUGAUUGUUCUAUUCUAGAAACACUGUGGUAAAUGUGUUGCAAACACAACACAAAUUACAUUCUGACCACACAACAGUGAUGGAAGGGACAAUAAACAACUGCACUACCCGGAUUGCUCCCUUGAUAUUCCCCAUCAAAUCGUGGUCAGUUCCUUAGUUGUGCAAAAUCCUGGCGAGAAAAUGUCAGAUCAGGACGAGCAAUACGAGAAGUCUUGGAUUCUACAUCAUAUCCUGGACAGGUAUAUAGGGAGCCGGGAGAUGGUGGCAACCAGGCGGAAACUUCGUCUUAUACAAGAGCAGAUAAGAAAUUGUGAGCAAAAAGGUAAAAAAUGUUUAACAGGAAGCUCGGUUGAGGGAAUGGAGAUGGAAGGCUCGGACAUGGAUGUAAUGUAUAUAAUGAGCGAUGUAAUUGUGAUUUGCCCUGAUCAGUACACCGGAAUUCCUCCGAACAACUUUGUGGAAAUUGUGUGUCCAGAUCAGAUCAUCAGGAUACCUGUACCUUGUUUUGGCGACACAGAUGAAACAGUUUUGAUAAUGAGAGACACUGACUGCCGACCUGGUUAUGUAACCGUUGAACUUAUUGAACUGGGACAGAGUUACUAUAAAGUUUUUGAUCACUGCAUAGAACAUUUAAGAGAUGUAAAUGUCUUAUCAAGUGAAAAGUAUGCACGGUAUUUUGUAGAUUUUCGUUCUGUAACUCCCAUGGCAGCGAAUGGGCCAGCUGCAACUGCGACGAAAGAGGAGACUUCAUUUGGACUUGAUAUUGAUCGGGUGUCUUCUUUACGGUGUAGUAGUUGGCCACGAGAAGCUAAUGAGUGGGUGAGUCGGCCUCGCCUGUAUGAAUGGCCAGAUGAAGGUUUGAGAAGUCAGGUAGUACUAUGUGGCUGUUAUCUUGUCCCCGUAGGGGACAAAACAUCUGACUACUCACACCUCCAAUGGCGGAUUUCAUUUACAACAGCAGAAAGGAAACUCAUUUAUUCUCUGACUCAUACACAAUUUCUAAUAUAUGGACUUUUCAAGUACUUCUUGAAACAGAUAGCAAACAGUCUAGAGCAGAUAAUGGGGAAGGCAGGUAUUAUAUCAUCUUACAUUAUAAAAACAGUAAUAUUCCAUGCAGUGGAGAGCACACCUGUUUCAUUAUGGCAAGAAAAAAAUACAUUUUUCUGUUUCAUGCUUUGCUUGAAGAUUUUGAUCGCGUGGGUGAAGGCAGGGCAUUGCCCAAAUUACUUCAUUAGCAGCAACAAUAUGUUCCAUGGCAAAGUUUGUGAUGAAAAUCAACAAAAACUACUUCGUUUUCUCAUUGAGCUCCAUGACAUGAAAUGGGAAUGUCUUUCAGUUGGAACAUUUAUACAACCGUCUAUAGGAACACUUCUUAAUAGGGUGAGAAAUGGACACUUGGAUUAUGUGCUACCUACGCCAAAACAGUCAGAAAUGGAAAUUGACAGCCAGAUAUUCCAUAACAUCAAUUCAAUUAUCCCUAAGUCUGCCUCGCUUCCUAUGUUAACUGGAUUACUGUCAAAAUCAACGUCUGACAUUGAUGAAUUUAUAGACUACAUCUAUACAGCAACUGCACUGUCUUUUAUCGGGGUAGAUACUUUCGAGAAACAUGUUGCUGCUAAAGGAAAUAAAGAGAAGUACAAAUUCCUUAGGAAAAGCAAAAACCUGAUGAAACCAUUUUCAUCAGUGUGUACCAGUCCAGGUCUACUUAUGUUGGCAAUAUUUUACUACCAGACGGGAAAUUACAGCGAAACACUGGAGAUAUGUGGACUCGUUUCCAAAAUUUAUUUUGAUAAAGGUUCAAUUUUGGAGGACAAAGACAGGUAUGAACAUCUCUAUUGUGGGCGUGGAUACACCCUCCUACACAAAUUUCAGGAGGUAUAUGUAUCAUCAAUUAAGUUUAAACCGAACAGACUAAAGUUCUGUCCAUCCCAAUUACACAUCGAGUUGCGAAAACGUCAUGAGAGAAACCUCCUAUUAAUCCCUCCACUCCCGUUUGCUGUGUUCCUGUCAUUUCUGUGUUAUCAUGAGCUUGGCGAUAACAUAGGACGGAGUGCGUCAUUGAGGAACCUUCGGGCCGUGAAGUAUGACGAGGAACAGGGAGGUAGAAAGCACUGGAUAGUCCAUAAUCUCUUGGGGAUAUGCUAUGAAAUGGUUGGAGACACGCACAGAGCGCUCAGGGAAUACACGGACUCUCCUUGUGGUCCAAAUUUCGGGCAAAAUGAAAACCCUGCCAAGGAGAGAAUAGAACGGUUGCAACAUUCAUAAUAGAGACACAUACGUUUCUAUUUAAGGAAAAAAUGAAAAGUACAGAUAUCGUUACAAAUGCAAAACAAAUAAUGGGACCACUUUCAUUAGUGUGUACAAAUCGUGGUCUUUUUAUGUUUGUAUUUAACAUGUUUACUACUGGAAAAUUACAUGAAAGCACAGGGGAUGUAUUGAAACCUUAUAUCUCCUUUGAAAAUAUAUGUUGGUGGCUGUUCAACUAUAAACCACAAAACAGGUAUGAACAUCUAUACCGGGGGCGUGGACAAACCCUACUGCAAAAACAUAAGGAGAUAUGUGUAUCGUGUUUGGAGUUUCCACGAAACGCUUUUACAAUUACACAAUGAAAUGUCCAAUCUGCCGUUGGAUGACAUUCUUUAUAUACCUCCACUCACUUAUGCUGUGUUCUUGUCAUUUCUGUGUGAGCAUGACCUUGAAGACACCAGAAGAUGUAAAGCAACAUUAAAUCACCGUAAAGAAAGACUUGGAACAAUGCGAUUUUAACCACUGGAUAGUCAACAACAUCUUGAGCAUAUGCUAUGAAUAGGUAUUAGACAGACACAAUGCUCUCAGUGAGUACAUGAACUCUCUUGGUGGUCGACAAACAUAUCAAUUUGAUAACCCUGUUAUUGAGAGUAAAGAACGGUUGAAAAAUUCGUUAUGUCAAACAUAGGAUUACUUAUGUCAGUCAGAGAGAUUUACAAGGACAAUAUCCAUGCAAAUAACAAAUAUAACAGAACGAAUGGUAAUUAGACGACAUGAGAUGAGACUGAAAAGAUCAUACUGAUAUUCGUUAAUGUGAAAUUGGAUUUGCUCAAAGUUGUACCGUACAUGGUUCAAUAUGCUGGCAUUACCAUGGUAAGCUUACCUUGGAAAGAAAACGUAAUUAUAAAAUAGUCUUCAAAUAAGCUGCAAAUUCUGGGACGUGGCACUGUUACAAAUUUUGAAGUGUUUAUACUGUGUGUUGAACAUGUAAUGUUGUAUUAAUCUAGCGUUAAUGUGCGUGUGUUGGUGUAGCCAAACAAAAUUAGCAAAACAAAGUGUAAUUUAAAGGCCUGCUCUGAAAGUCUUGUCAUCUGUUAUGUAUCAGAUGAAGAAAAUAACUAGUUAUGUGACAGCUGUCCUCAAUUCCAACAUCUUGUGUGAACCUACAGGUUAAUGUAAUCUGUUUCAUCCUUUCACUCAAUAUUCUUCCACUUCCCGUUCGGCUGGUUUCCACUACCGCCGACGCAUGGAGAACUUUGCUUUUUUUGCAAAAGAGAGUAUGUCAUAUUGAAUGAAACUGAUUUGUCAGUUUGACCUUAUACCUUUCGUGAUCUUUAUAUUGACCUUUUGGUAUGCCUUACAUACAUAAAACCUUGUUUACUUGCCAGGGAAGCAUCAUUGAUGUAUAUAAUUGAUCAGUUUUGUCUAUUACUUACGGGGAUAUAUAAUGACCGUUAGUAAAAGUUUGGUUUUGUUCAUGUAUAUAUGAAUUUGCAAAUGUAUCGAUAUUGUUGAAAUUUUGAUUUUCAUAUCAGCAUGUAUACAUUGAAGUUUCUUCUCAGUUAAAUAAGUAGCUCGCCUAUUUUGAGAAUAGGAGGGCUAAUGUAGUCACCCCGGCGUCGGCGUUCCACCCUCUGAGGUUAAAGUUUUUGGGCAAGUUUUUUCCAGACAGUAUUGGAUCAUCACACUCAAUACACUGUUGUCUAUUAUGAGGUGAGGCAUUUAUAUCGAGUGUAAGCAAUGUGCUGGACCAUAUUUUCAUAUUUUAGGGACCAAAAACAGUUUAAUUGGACGUAAUUAAAUUUGAGAUUAAAGUUUUUGGGCAAGUUUUUUUCCAGACAGUGUUGGAUAAUCACACACAAUACACAGUUAUCUAUCAUGAGUAUAAGUCAUUUAUAUCGAGUGUAAGCAAUUUUCAUAUGUUUUUGGGCAAGUUUUUUUGGGUAGUGUUGGAUAACCAGCAUUAAUAGGCCGUUGUCUAUUUUAACGUUGAAGUAUUUAUAUUGAGUGUUAGCAAUGUUCUGGACCAUAUUUUGUCAUAUGUUAGGGGCCAAAAACAGCUUAAUUGGACUUAAUUAAAGUUUUGGACAAGUUUUGUUGUGUAAUGUUGGAUCAUCACCAUCAAUAGGCUGGUGCCUUUUAUAAAGUCGGAGUAUUUAUAUGGAGUGUAGCCAAUAUUCUUAAUUGUAUUUUUGUCAUUUUAGAGGCCAAGUGGUUAGAUUGACUUGGUUUAAGUGUUUGGGACUUUUUUUUGUGUGUGCAGUGUUGGAUCGGUCACCAUGAUCAAUACGCUGUUUACUAUUUCACGUUGGCUGGUCAUCUCUUCUUGCAUGUUAAGGUACAGCAAAAUCUUGUUAUAUUGCAAUCAUUUGUUCAAAGAAAUGUUCGUAUUAUAAAAGUAUAAGGAAUUCUUAAGGAAAACAUACCUAAGGGACCUGGAAAUGUGUUGGCGGUAAGUGAGAAAAUCAAAUGAAAAGACGUGCAUUAUACAAAGGUUUACUGUACAUUGGUUUCUAUUGAUAUUUGCUAUUUUACAACAUAAAUCACCAAUAGGCGAGCUAUGCUGUUCUCCAAAAGCUCUUGUUGUUUUAUUAUGCAAAGACAACUUAUUUGUUGUCAACAAAUACCGUUAUUAUUAUUCUUAUUCCUCUGCCAUAUUUUAUGGCGUCUUAAUCUCCUGAACGGUAGCAGAUACGAUCAUAGCAUAUUUUGUACAGUAUAGGACCUAGUAUGAAGGUUUUAUUGAAACAUUUUCAAGUAGGUCAAUAAUUAAAAAUAGCCGUCAAGACGUCAAAGGUCAAAAUCUUUAAAACAGCUAUAACUCGAAAAUCGUUGAUUGUACAUAAUUAAUACCAUUAUAUUAUUUGUAGAUAAUUUGCAUUUCUAACUUUUUUUUCAUUACAUGUCUAUGCAACAAAUGUCCAAUAAAAAGUUCGCUGUUGGGUUAAAGAUCACAAUUUUUUAUUUUUCAAUGUUUUUGAGAAAGUCUUUUACAGAUCGAUGCAGAAUGUCAUUUCGAUGAAUUUGAUGUCUUUAGUUUUUCUGUAACAUUUACCGUUAACGUUGUACGCAAUUUUGAAUAUUUCCUUUGAUUUGAUCUUUUUAAAUGCCGACAAUAUGUUCAAACUUGUUUUACUCCAAUAUCAAUAAAAAAUAUUUUGUUUAGUUGUAAUGGAAAAGGUUUCCCAAGAUAUCCUCUAACAUUUGGUAACAUUUUCAACUUCAUCGAAAAAACAAAAUAACCGUCAUGACGUCACAUUCGUUUUUUUCAAAUUGCAAUACCUCAUUAAUGGACAAAUUUAUUUAAUUCAUCUUUGGAUUUGUUGUGCAGAAUAACAAAUAAAUAGCUUUUUCUCAAGAAACAUCUUUGAGUAAAAUGUCAACUUCAGGUUUUCGGUAAGGGUCAAAGUUGAAAAUAUCUGAAUUUAAAAAUUGUCCUGAAAUUUUCACAUUUUAAAUUUCCUUUCAAGUUUCACCACUGGGAUUCAGCUCAAAUUUGCCUGAAAUGAUCCUGAGAUAGUACUGACCAAAUACUGUGGUUUUUUCCGGUUGUUCGGAAAUCCAGAAUGGCCGCCAUUGCUGCCAUCUUGAAAAACAUAAUUUAAACUUCUUCUCCAGUUCCCCUGGUGCCAUUGAGCUAAACAUUGGUGGGUAUGUUAAGGAAAGGGAGCCGACCAAGUGUUGUUAUUGUUUGGCCUUGUCAAAACUUUGACACGCCAACCAUGGCAGCCAUUUUUGUACACAUGGCUUUUGUAAACAAAACCUUUUUAAAACUUCUUCUCAAGUUCCGCCAGUGGAAUUCAGCUCAAACUUACCUAAAAUGAUCCUGAGAUGGUCAUGACCAAGUGUAGUUAUUUUGCGGAACAAAAUGGCCGUCAUGACGUCAUAUCCGAUUUUUUCUCUUGUUGCAAUACCUCAUUAACGGAUGAAUGUAUUGAAUUCAUCAUUGGAUAUUCAAAUAAAUAACUUUUCUCAGGAAACAUCAACUUCUGUAAAACAUCAACUUCUGAUUCUCGGCGGGGUCAAAGUUCGAAUGUGUAAUUUUGUAAAACAAUGUUAAAAAAAACUUCUUCUCAAUAACCAAGUGACCCAAGGGCAUGCUAUUUGGUGAAUAUUAUGCUUAAGCAAUGGACUAUCAAGUUUUAUAAUAUGAAUGACCUUGACUCAUUUUCAAGGUCACUUGGGGUAAAUUAUAUUAAACUUUUCCAAAUUCUCAUUAGCGGAAAAGUCCAGGGUAUUGAUUUUUGGUCUAUAGCAUGCUGGGGGAUGGGCUACCAAGUGUAUGUCCAAGAAUGACUAUCAAAGGUCAACUUCGGUUGGCGUCAAAAUUGAAAUGCCCUUUUUGGGGUAAUAAACCUUGAAAAGCUUGUUCUUGUGUUGUUUGAGGUAAAGAGUCUUAAUAUUUAAUGUGUAAGCUGCUGGGAUGUUUAGCUAUAAGGCCAAAUCAGUACUUACAGUUAAAAAGCCCGUACAUUUUUUAGCCAACAAUUUCUUUUUUUAAAUGUUUUGCUGGUUUUCAAAUAAGACAUGUUUGUAUUGUUACCGUUUGAAUUUUUAAUGUUUUUACUUCAGAUACAGCAACGUGGUUUUUUUCUCGCAAAUGAAGUUGUCCUGUUUAUUAAUUGAAUAUAAAAAGUUAUACUAUUUGUCAUAAGUAUUUCGUGUACGAAUAAAGUAUUAAA